AUGGAUGUUAAAGCUGUGAGUAGAGAAGAUACAUUUACACACUUUGAAUACCUGGAAUGCGUCAUUAACUUCACUCGCCUACGUAUCAUAUACCGACCUCCUCCAUCUAAGAAGAACCAGCUAAGGAAUUCUGUCUUUUUCGACGAAUGGUCCCACUUUCUGGACAGUGUGGUGGUUGAUCACAGGGAAUUAAUUAUAACUGGUGACCUCAAUUUCCAUUUAGAUAAUGUGCAGGAUCCUGAGGGUGUCAAAUUUCUAAGGAUCUUAGAUGAUCAUGGAUUGGUUCAGCACGUGAAGGAAUCAACACAUUCUGGAGGCCAUAUUCUGGAUGUGGUGAUAUUGAGGGAUAGCAGCUCUGUCCUAUAUGGUGAACCGUGUGUAACAGACUCAGGGCUAUACGACAAGAAUGGUAACCCUGCUGGUGACCAUCUAGCCAUCUGCUCAAAACUCACACUAUCCAAGCCGGCAAGGGAGCGUAAGUCUAUUAAAUUUAGAAAAUUAAGGGAUAUUGUAAUCAGUGACCUAAGCGAUUCAAUCCGCUCUUCUUUCGAAUUACAGAAAGGCGAAAAUUCGGUGGAAAAAUCUGUGAAUCUAUGUAAUACAACACUUCAAAACAUUCUAGAUUCUCUUGCACCUGUACAAUCAAAAGUGAUUACCAUUCGUCCUGACUGUCCAUGGUACACCAGUGAGCUAAGAGCUGCUAAGAGGGAGAGGAGAAAGGCAGAGAGACAAAUGCGUAGAACUGAUUUGACUGUCCACAGGGAAAUCUACCGCAGUCAUUGUACCCAGGUAUCUAAACUUGCUAUUCACUGUAAGAGGAGUUACUAUUCAAGCAAAAUUGUGGAGAUGGGCAAGGAUCAGAAACAACUGUAUCGCCUUACAAACAGACUUAUGGGAGCCAAGUCCGAUGUUGUAUUACCGGCACAUCAAUGUGAAGAAAUGCUGGCCAACUCCUUCGGAGAAUUCUUCCAGACUACGAUUCAGAAGAUAAGAAAUGAACUGUGUAAUGGUAGUAAGAUAGGCUUUGAUCCACUACAGGAUGAUAAUGAGUUUACUGGUGUUCACCUGCAUACCUUUGAACCUGCAUCUCAAGACCAGAUCCGUGCCAUAAUCUUGUCAGCAUCUCCUAAGUCCUGUGAACUUGAUCCCAUGCCAUCAUUCUUGCUGAAAUCUUGCCUUGAUAGUUGCCUUGCUAUGGUAACAGACAUUAUAAAUCAUUCCCUAAAUCAGUCUGUUGUUCCAUCAUCCUUUAAGCAGGCUGUUGUUCGUCCUCUCAUCAAGAAAACCGGCUUAGAUCCAGAGGAGUACCGCAACUACAGACCUGUCUCAAACCUUUCCUUCCUCUCCAAAAUUCUCGAAAAAGUUGUUGCUAAACGUCUUGAUCAUCACUUAGAGUCAAAUUACCUUCAUGACAAUGUACAAUCAGCAUAUCGCCCAUGUCACUCUACUGAAACAGCUUUACUUAGAGUCCAUCACGAUAUUGUUGCAGCUCUAGAUUCUGGUUCAUGUGUGGCAUUAAUUAUGUUAGACCUAUCUGCAGCUUUUGAUGUCAUCGACCACUCCAUUCUGAUAAAUCGACUAGAAAUUGGUUUUGGCAUAUCUGGCUCGGCCCUCGCAUACACAUAA